AUGAAUGUUGGUGAGGAAAUACCGGCUAGGUGUCUUGGUGAAACAGGAGCCCUCAGCUUCAAGAAACCUACAGAACAAGAUUUCAGAGAUACACAAGAACUAGAGGCUAGCCUUGCUCAACUUAAUAUUUUUGAAACUCAAGAGGAGAUAUCACAGAGACGUGAAGCCCUUGUUAGGUUGCAGGAGAUUUCAAAUGCAUGGAUUCGUCAAAAAGCAUUGGAGCAAAAUCUCCCCGCACAUGUUGCUAAUUCUACAACUGGGAAAAUUUUCACUUUCGGUUCAUAUCGUUUAGGUGUCAAUUUCAGGGGUGCCGAUAUUGAUUCUUUACUGGUUGUCCCACGGUUUAUAACACGCGAGGAGUUUUUCAGUGAUUUUCAGACUGUAUUAGCAGAAAAUUCUAAUGUGGAAGACUUGCACGCUGUUGUGGAUGCUUUUGUUCCCGUCCUUAAAAUGAAAUUUAUGGGAGUUGAAAUCGACCUUUUAUUUGCUCAAAUCGAUCAAAUGUCUAUACCGGAAAACUUCAGUCUUUGUGAAAACACAGAGGUGCUCAUGCGAAAUAUGGAUGAACGAGACGUGCGCAGUAUUAAUGGUGUUCGUGUUACAGAAGAUAUUCUCAAUCUUGUGUACAAUAAAAAUUCUUUUAAAGUGGCCCUUAAGGUUAUACGAAUCUGGGCUAAGCGUCGGAAUGUCUAUUCAAAUGCAUUGGGGUUCCUCGGUGGCGUGUCUUGGGCAAUUUUAGUUUCUCGAAUUUGCCAACUUUAUCCGUACGCUACGCCAUCUAUGAUCGUCUAUCUAUUUUUUACCAUAUUCAGUCAAUGGCCUUGGCCGAAACCUGUUAGGUUGCGAGAGUGUGAGUAUAUUGCAAGUUUGUGCUUACCCGUCUGGGAUCCGAGACUUAAUCCUUCUGAUCAAUAUCACUUGAUGCCUAUACUGACUCCAAGUUACCCAUCUCAAAAUUCAACAUACAAUGUACAGCGAAGUAAUCGUAUUAUUAUUGAAAGGGAAUUAAAACAAGGUUUGAAUGUUGUCAGGGCUUCAAUGAUGCAUAAGGGUUCCUGGUCAAACCUAUUUGAAGCAGCCUUUUUCUUUCAAUAUCGACAUUAUGUUGUCGUCAUCGUCGUUGGGAAUACUAAACAUACCUUCAUCGAAUUAUGUGGUUUGGUAGAAUCCAGAUUGCGUGUUCUUGUAAGCAAUUUCGAGGUAAACCGUUAUGUCAAAAUGGCACAUGUAAACUGUCAUGCCUACGGAAAAGGUCCUAAUGAUGAUGAUGCUAAUUUUGUUCGUAAAUGGUUUAUUGGAAUGGAAUUCGAUCGUAAUACUAAUUCCUUGACCAGUACUGUUCAUAAUUCAAAUGCUUCAAGUGAGAAACCUACCCUGAACGUAGAUCUGAGUGAGAAUAUCAGCUCUUUUGAAAAAUCAAUUGAACGUGGUCUUUCAAGUGAAGACUUAUCAGUAACCGUUAAAUAUGUCAAAAAGUCACAGUUAGCUCAGUUCAUUUCUGCAGAAGAUAUGGACGAAAUUAAACGUCAAGCUGCAGCUGCUGCUUUAUCAAAUGUAAAUAAUUCUACUGAAAAUGUAAAAAGUGGCCGUUCACUUUCUAAUAGUAACACACUGAACUCAAUUUCCAGUCCGGCCAGCAGUGUUGAACUCUCUGGAUCUGAGGAAGUUUCAUCCCCUGCAAAUAAUCUUCAUAAUUCCAUGUCUACAAGUUCUUUGACCAACAUAGCUACCGUAAACUCAUCAACAGAUAUAAAAUGUCCUCCUCCAUCUCCAAAAUCAAUAUCCUCUGGGGUAUGUGAUGCUGUAGCAUCUGACAGUCAACUAAAUGAUUCAUCACUUACUCUAGAUAAUCACAAACACGAUUCCAUGAAGGAUACAUCUUUAUUAUCUUCAGAUCAUUCCUUGUGCAAUAAUACAUCCAAUACAAUCGAUUCUACUGGUAGGCUUACAUCAAAACGUGUUGGAUUGAUUGAUUCCAGUCUUGAAUUAUCCUCCGAUAGUCAUUCAAAUUCUAGAAGUAAUGCUGAUUCACAAUUACAUGGUUCAGAAGAUUUUAGGAAACGUGCUCGUAUGUCAUCGGAAAAUUCACGACCUAUUGUAUUUACUUCAUCUGCCCAGUAA